AUGGCAGCUAAAUAUAAAGAGUAUACGGUUAAAGAGUUAAAGAAAGCUUUACAAAAUUUAAAAUCCAAAAUGGGUGACCUAAGUGAAAUUAAAUACGUAUCGCGUACAUUGCGUGACAGGCUCCGUAACAAUAGCAACGACGCCAAUGACUUAAAUGACAGUGAGUCUUUUAAUCACAACAAAUAUCUGGAACGAAGCUUUUUGGGCUAUGUUAAAAAUAUAAUCAAUAGAAAAGACGCAGUAUUACCAUCAUUUAACAUGACUGAUUGCCUUUCUUAUUUCUCUAAAUCUCUGGCUAAAAUUAAUCCUAACAAGCUCUUUGUAAUUCCCAGCUGGAUCCCAAAGUUAUCUGAUCCUGCAGUUCAAUUUAACCUUGACCCCCCGACCUAUCAACAAAUUACGAAUGUUAUACGCAAAAUGAAAUCGUCUGGUUCUCCUUGCCCUCUUGAUCAACUUUCUAUAAUAAGUUUCAAGCAUUGUCCUUAUCUGAGAACUUACCUUACUGAGCUAAUUCACGAUAUUUGGCUAUCUGGAACUGUCCCAACUGAGUGGAAAAGAGCAUGUACCAUACUAAUCCACAAGAAAGGCAACAAUAAUGACCCUUCAAAUUUCACCCCAUAA